AGGGGAGGGGGUGCGCGUGCGGAGGCGGUGCGCUUGGCGCUUCCUGUUCCGGCGCCAGGAGGAGUCGCGCGCUGCUGCUGCUGUUGCCGCCGCUGCUCUCGCCGCAGUCAGUCAGGCUGCGCCCGCUUCUUCAGGGCCCAGUCCCUCGGACCCAUCGCCGCUUCUAGACCCUACUGCGGUCUCGGAUCUUGCCGGGAAAAUGUCUGAUGAAUUUUCGUUGGCAGAUGCACUACCUGAACACUCCCCUGCCAAAACGUCUGCAGUGAGCAAUACAAAAACUGGCCAACCUCCUCAAGGCUGGCCAGGCUCCAACCCUUGGAAUAAUCCGAGUGCUCCACCUUCGGUGCCAUCUGGACUCCCACCAAGUGCAACACCCUCUACUGUGCCUUUUGGACCAGCACCAACAGGAAUGUAUCCCUCCGUGCCUCCCACCGGACCACCUCCAGGACCCCCAGCACCCUUUCCUCCUUCCGGACCAUCAUGCCCCCCACCUGGUGGUCCUUAUCCAGCCCCAACUGUGCCAGGCCCUGGCCCCACAGGGCCAUAUCCUACACCAAAUAUGCCCUUUCCAGAGCUACCUAGACCAUAUGGUGCACCCACAGAUCCAGCUGCAGCUGGUCCUUUAGGUCCAUGGGGAUCCAUGUCUUCUGGACCUUGGGCUCCAGGAAUGGGAGGGCAGUAUCCUACCCCUAAUAUGCCAUAUCCAUCUCCAGGGCCAUAUCCUGCUCCUCCUCCUCCCCAAGCCCCUGGGGCAGCACCACCUGUUCCAUGGGGCACUGUUCCACCAGGAGCCUGGGGACCACCAGCACCAUAUCCUGCCCCUACAGGAUCGUAUCCUACACCAGGACUCUAUCCUACUCCCAGUAAUCCUUUCCAAGUGCCUUCGGGACCUUCUGGUGCUCCACCGAUGCCUGGUGGCCCCCAUUCUUACCAUUAAGUUAACAAUGGACGAAGAGAUGACGCUUUGCUUUUUGAAGUACAUCUAUAUGCACAUGAAUGCAUAUAUAAAAAUUGCUGGUUUCACUAUUAGAGGGCAUUCAUGAAAGAACAACUCUUGCACCUCUCAGAGAAGAUAACUGCCUCUUGUACUUGGAUGUGUAGUACAUCAUAUGUAUACAAUCAGAUAAAAGCAUAGAAGUAAAUCAUUCGGAUGUGAUUUUUGUUUGGUUUUCAUGGAAAGUUAAAGUGAUUAAGUAUAUUGAAUAGCUCUUUGACAGAAUUUGUUUAAACUAUGAAACUACACACUUAAAAAUCUAAGAUGAUGUGUGGAUUAUUGUUAGAAUCUGCAACUCAUUGGCAAUUUAUUUCAAGUAUUUUUCUAUAAUCACUUUCCCCUCCAAAUAAAUACACUUUGAGUAUAACCCCUCAUAUCUAAACAAAUGAUGCCUCUCAACAUUUUGAGCUGCUCUGUCAGAUAAAUAAACCUGGUCCUCUUGAGGUUAUAUUUUGGAUAUACAUUUUUAAACUGUCAGUAAUUAUUGUCAGAUGUGAAGUUUAGUAGACAGCCAGUGUUCAUUUUUAUCCUUGAGCUUUUAAUAAAACUUCGUUUGUUUUUAGUCAUAUGGGCCAUACAGCACUAAAGUCUGCUCUUUAUGGAAACUAACUUUUUUCUUUUUAAUCCAGGCCAACAUGUAUGUAAAUUAAAUUUUUAGAUAAUUGAUUAUCUCUUUAUACUACUUGAGAUUUGAUUAUGAGAUGUGCAUAUUGCUUUGGAAAAAGCUCAAGGAAGGAAAGAAUUCUCUCCUUUGUUUUGAACCUCAAACUAGAUAAACCCUAGGAAUUGCUUAAUUGCAACAAGUAGUUUUCUUUCCCACAAAAAACUGAGGCAGCUCUUCUGCCCAGGGCAUUCCCUGCAGCCACCCCCACCCCAGUUGCCCUUGGUUCUUUAGAAGGAGCACAGCCCUUGAUUCCUCCCUGAUGUGCUAAACUGGCACACUCUAGAGGUGUAAAACAUAAAACAGUUGUGUUUAGAGAACCUUAAGUCAUGCAGAUAUGACUGUUCUCUUUGUACAAGUGUGAAUCAAAAUAAUGUAUCUUUCAGAGUCUGGUUAAGCUAUGUCAUUGUCUCCUGCAUAGUUUCCUGAGUCUUUUUGUAAAGUGCUUUUGGCUAACAGUUCAGUUCUGUAUUUGUUGACAGGUAAAUAAGUGGAGUUGAGUGCCAUCUUUGAAAAAAUUACCCUCUAGCUCUAACACUGAAAAUAAUAAAUUGUAGAUCUCUGCAACUGAGUUUAAAGCAGUGUGACUGUAUUGCUUAAAUAUUAAUUAUUGUUUAUAACCACCAAAAAACAGCCCUAGUAGUUUUUUGGCACCUUAUGUUUAAAUCAGAUUCUUAGAUUUGGGGUAGACCUGACCUUGUUAUUUAUUAGAUAACAUUUUGAAUGUAUCCAUUGGAUUUCUAAAAUGUAUUGUGAAUUUUCUCAGACAAACAGGAUUUAUGCUGGAGCUCUGUUUUUGCUUAGAAAUAAAAUAUUUAGUUUAUUUCUGCUCUAAUUAAAAUGUCAAGAAUGCCAAAUGCUGCCAGUUUUUUGGUUUGAUAGCUACCUCCUUUUAAGAAAGCAGAAUGGUUACCUUUGAGAGGAACAUUCAGUGUUUAAGCCUCCAUUGUGUUAACUAGAUGAUAGAUUCAAGCGUUCAGAAAUGAGAAACUAACUUGUUAACAUAUUUUCAGAUUGGGGAAAGUUGUUAGAUGGCUCUUACCAUAGUGACAAAUGUCAUCAUUUUUUCUUUCACAUCUCUGUAAGGACAGGUGUUGGCUAUCUACAAUACUAUGGAACUCUUGUCAAAGUAGCCCCCAGUUGACAAGGCAGGUAACCUUAGGAGUCACAGCUUGAAUUGUCAUCAACAUCAAAAUGUCAUUAACCAUGGAGGGAUAAAAUGAUCUGAAAAGUGAGAUGGCUGCAAAGAUACCUCUCCUUAAGUUACUUUAGCUAUCCUACAUUGGGAUAAGCUGACAGCUUAGCAGUAUUUAGUUUAACACUACAGCGGGUAUAAUUUGACUAGGAAGAAGAGAUAGCAGUUUUAGGAUUCUAUAAAUGUGAAGUCCAUUGAUUUGGGGAGAAAAAUCUGUUGCUAAAGCACAUGAAGGGCUAUGAAUACGAUUUGGGAUUGCUACUCCCAAUAAGCAUAACUUUGCUAGUGACCCAUACUGCCCAUGUGCCCUAAAUGAUACUGCCAUUGUAGUCCCUUUGUUUUCAAGGACUUUACGACUGGUAUUUUGGGGAUUUUUUUUUUUUUUUGAUGUAAGAAUGGAGAUAAAAGGGAUAAUAGAAUUUGCUUUUAUAUUCUUGUUAUUUUUGUAAAGCAUCUUUUCUUCAAUUCUUGUUGGCAUUCUGGGCCAAAAAGUAUUUUAGGUUGGUUCAGUGUGGAGUUAAGAAAGGCAGGAGUUUCAGUGGAGGAAUGGGGAACGGCACAGAGAAAGGCUUUUUUCCUUUUUAAAAGGGAAUAAUGUUGCUUUCAAUACAAGACAUGAUAGGCUGAAAUUGGUUUAUGGAAAAGACUGCUUGCUAGCAAGUAUGUUUGGUCUUAGUGGGGAUACAGAUUAUAGAAUAUGCUGACAUUUGGGCUUCAGAGGAAGAACUUUCAAAUACAUCUAACGGAAAUAGUUGAGAUGUGUUCAGAAAUACUGUUUCUGGAGUUGGAAUCUUAAGUUUUGAAAUGUUGAAACCAAAAAGACAAAAAUUAAAACAUGGACCUAAUAGACCUUAGGUCCUCAUUCACACACAGUUCUCAAGAAUCAAGUGGAGUGCUUCAGAUAACCUUGGCUUGUCUGUCCCAGCCUGCCACCACCUCAUCUUUUCAUGCUUUUAAAGACACCAUUUACAGCUCUGACUCAGCCCUAUUUUGUGUAAAGUAAUACACUGAUUAUUCAGAAAUAGACAAUACAUUUUCUAAUUACCCAAGGACUGACUUCCUUGUCUACUUUACUGUAGGUUGUCUUCAGUAGAGAAGAGUAAUAGGGCAGAGAAGAAAAGUAUAUAUUUUGCCUCAGUCAGUCACACCACUACAACGGACUAUUGGAGUAUUUUCUAGAAAACCAAUCAAUUUGCCCUUGAUAUGUUACCUCACAAAUUAUUAGUGCUACCUAUGGCACUCAUGUACAGCUUUUGAAACUUUGUGUAGAUGAAAAUAGCUCUACUCAGAGUUUUUGUUAAGACUGUGCCUACUUUAAAUAUCAAUUGCCUACACUUCUUAACAAUAAGUGCCAAUGUCUCAAUUCUCUCACCCUGAAUGACAGAAGCUAGUUUUAUCAAAUGCCAGGGUUAGAAAGCCUGGAAAUUAGGCACAAACUUCCAAGUUUUUGAAGACCAUAAGCCUAAAUUCAGAUAAAUCACACUGAUCUAUUGUACUAUGCAUAGAAAGUUGUAUGUGGCUUUCAGGGAAGACUAUUUUUUGAUUUUAAUAAAGCAAUAUUUAGUAUUGAAGACAGACACUUUUCAGAAUUCUGCCAUGUAAAACAAAAAUUGCCAAUAAAAAUCAGUAUUUUGUAAAUGCCAGGCAAGCUUCUAGCUAUCGAAAACAUCUGAGUCAUUCAGUAGAUGCUAUUGUCCUUGAUCCAGGUUCUUUGCCAGCUAUGAGGGAAUCCCUGUCCUUGAGAGGCUCAUAGUCUAGAAGUAACAUUACAGAAUUGGUUAGCACACCAUUCAUUAUUAGUUUACCUAGAUAAACGUGUUAGGGUUGCUGCUGGUGGAAAUUAUAACCAGCCUUUGGGCAUUUUAAAGGGCAACAUGUGGCAUACCUUUUCUAAAAACAGAGUUAAUGUUUUUCAAGAUUGUAGUGUUGAGCACAAUUCAAGUGUGCAAAGUAACAGGAUAGUUUGUUUGCCUCUUCACUUUACCCCUGGAUAAAGGCACUUUCACUGCCUGUCACUGAUUAACAGAUACUGACUUGUUGCCAUUAAGUAAACUUGACUGUGUGCUCUAUGAAAGUUCUUUGUAAUUUUCUUGAAAUUGUGAUUUUUCAUUGACAGUAAUGACAAAUUUAAUGUAUGUAAUUGUCUAUACAUUUUAAGUUAAACUGCCUAAAAUGUGAUUUGAGACAUAUACAUUUGUUUGUAUUGUAAAUUGUAAGCAAUCAGUUUGAGUACUAGAUUUUAUCACCUGCUGCUGUAUUUGUAAACAAAGACAAAUGUUGCUUUAAAAAGUAAUUAUAAUUAGGAAUAGGCUAUGGAUGUGAUACUUGAUAUUUUUUAAGAUAAACUUGUUUGCUUUUGUGUAUUAUACCUGAAAACUUUUUUAAAAAAUGUAUUUUCAUGGUUUCACAGAUUUUUUCAUGUUUAUUCUUUAGGCCUAAUUCUGGGCUUCUCUGAGCAAGUCCAGAGCCUAAUUAACACAAAUUUGUUGUCAUAAAGGAGG